AUGGAUCACUCCAGAGACCCCUGCCCUUGGGUUGCCCUGAGCGAUUUCGGUGGUGCCUUCUGUAUGGGUGCCAUCGGUGGUGCUGUAUGGCACGGUGUUAAGGGAUUUCGAAACAGCCCCUACGGCGAGCGACGGAUAGGAGCCAUCACAGCCAUCAAGGCCCGCGCGCCUGUACUUGGUGGUAACUUCGGUGUUUGGGGUGGAUUGUUCUCGACGUUCGACUGUGCUGUCAAGGGUAUUCGCAAGAAGGAGGAUCCUUACAAUGCUAUCAUUGCUGGUUUCUUCACCGGUGGCUCCCUGGCUAUCCGUGGUGGUUACAAGGCUGCCCGUAACGGUGCCAUCAUGUGCGCUGUCUUCCUGGCCGUUAUCGAGGGUGUCGGUAUCGGUUUCCAGCGCAUGAUGGCCGAUCAAACAAAACUAGAGCUCCCUCCUGCUCCUCCUUCCGACAAGGCAGUUGCCUAA